AGUUGCGCAGUGCUCAUCAAACCCUCUUACAGUGCGGUACGGUACACAGUACCGUUUGCCUAGUACCGGUAAGUGUUCCGUGUUUUGUCGAUACUUUCCCGGCUUCAACCCUCGUUGGAAGUGCACGUAAAUGACUGUUGUUGUGGACCAACAAUGAGUUAUUUGGAAAAAAUGGACCGCUACUUGGAUUCAUUGAAAAUUGGCAAGAGUGCAUUAGUAGACUCGUGGUUCAUGAUGUCAAGUCCCACGCCAAUCAUCUCCGUGGUGGUGCUGUACCUGCUGUUCAUCAGGAUCGGCCCUCGCAUGAUGAAGAAUCGAUCUCCAUUACGCAUCACCAAGCUGAUCAGUUACUACAACGCAUCUCAAGUUGUGCUGGCAGCUAUGAUUUGUAUCAAGGUAUUUAAGUUGAAUCUAUUCAGAGAUGGCAUACUGUAUGCAGGGUGUCGAUAUCCGUCCAAUACACAAAACCCAAUGUUACUAGACUUAGGCUGGUGGUAUUUCUUUGCCAAAUUUACAGAACUGCUCGACACUGUCUUCUUUGUGCUCCGGAAGAAAGACAAACAGCUCACGUUCCUCCACGUGUACCACCACGUAAUCAUGGCGCUCUACUCAUGGAGCUACCUGAAGUUCGCAGCGGGCGGGGAGGGAGCUAUACUCGCACUGCUGAACUCCAUCGUCCACGUAGUUAUGUACACGUACUAUUUGCUGUCUGGCUUGGGGCCAAGAUUCCAGAAGUAUUUGUGGUGGAAGAAAUAUGUUACAAAGAUGCAAUUGAUGCAGUUCGCACUGAUGCUGUCAUAUUGCGCAUGGACUCAUUACACUCCAAGAUGUCAAUACGCAGCUGGCUUCACUUACUUCAUUUCCAUUAAUGUGACAAUAUUCCUUCUGCUGUUUUUGAACUUCUACUCGAAAAACUACAAGAUUAGGAAGGAAGCGAUGAAAGAGAAUGGCAAAUUACAGAACGGUUUCUCGAACUCCGCCACUAACAAUCAUAAAAUAAACGGAGUCACAGAGAUAUGUGAUAACAAAGAGAACGGAGUAUGUCGAGAGACCAAUGGGAAAACAAUUAUAGAAGAUACACCGUUUGUAGCGUGUGGUGAUUAUAUUAAAGAUGGUAAAGUCUUAUUAAGUAGGCGCACAGCUAAAGCUGCUUAUGGUCCAGAAUACGAUUUUGAUAGCAUAACAAAUAAAUGAUUCUCCUAAAUGCAAUAAUUAGAUUGUUCAUUUGAGACUGAUGUUUGUGAUGAUGAUGAAGGAUAUUCUAUGGUAGCCUAAAUUACAAAUUAACAAAAGAAUUUAUUUCUAAGUAUAGCAGAGUAAGAUUUUGAGAGCGGUCAGUGGGGGUAAUAUUAUUGUUUAGUAUCUACGCAUACCAACAGACAUUGCCCAGAAAGAAAAAAAAAACCUGGAAUCUGGUCGCAGUGCUAUCGAACAGGUCAUAUUGUAAAUCUUAGCCACUUGGAUACACAUAAUAUUUUAUUAAAUAACAUUGAUCCAACUGUUUAAAAGGAGUGCGUACAAAAUAAUAACCUAUUUAAACAUUUUUGAAAACAUUUUCCCGAAUUAACUAAAAAAAGACAAGGGAACUGAAGUAUCGAUAUUAGAGAAAACUGAAUUAUUAUUGCAUUAAAAUAAUUACAUACACAAAAUAGAGGUUAAAAACCUAGUACCCAAAGCUUAGGGAAAUAGUAAGAGCAAUUUAUUUGGGAUGCGUUUUGACUAAUGCGCUGACAAACGGAGUGUAGUCAAGCGAAAACGUACAGGAAUAGACGAACAAAUUCUGGUGUCGUGUUAGUUCCAUGACGUCAUCUUUACAUAAUCCGAUAAGUCUAUUCCUGUAGGUAUCCGUUUACUCUGGCUUGCUUUGCGAAGUGGAAACGAAACGUAGGCAAAUUUAAAUUAGAUAAUUUGUAAUAUGUAAUAUGUUUUAAGCAGGUUGUAAUUACACUGUUUGCAACCAAAUGAAUUAUCAGUUACAGUUUUUAGAAAUUUAAGCACCUUUCUGACAGAAAUUACUGUUGAUACAAAUUAAUUUCUAUUAUUAUAUUUUGUAAUGUUUCUCCUUUGAUUUGACGUGAACUACGCGUAAAAGGUCUUCAUCUGUGUAAUACAAAUAGUUUGUGUUCGCGUCAAUGACCGCUUCCAAAAUCUCACCCUGUAUAUAUAAUAUUAGGGCUGCAAUUAUUAGGCGCUUGGGUAUUUUUAAAAUAACUAUAUGACGUGUGCUAGGAGACUAGGAGUCUAUUGUUGGAUUGUAAAUAGAACACCUAAGAUAAUUAAGGUGGAAACAUACUUAUAACAUGAAACACUAACGUGAUGGGUGUUCAGCCAAAUCAAAUCAUGAUAUUUUCUUUGAGAAUGAUACUUUAUUCAACGCAAAGUCGUUUCCACAUGAUAUCAGAUCGAGUGACAUGUUAUAAGAAUGACACCACAUUUGUUUAGUAAGUUCGAUUAAUUUGCGACCAUGCAGAAGCAGGGUAAUAAUUUUAUUGGCAUAGAUAUUAUAUAUUGUAGUCGCAAAAUACAGCGAAUGUAAUUUAAGGGUACAGUCUCACUAGGCGUGUAAAUUACAUCUGAACGAUUUAGCAUAUAAUACUAUAAAGGAAAAAUGAGGAGGUUUUGAGCGCGGAAUAGCUCAGUGAUCAAAUCAAUAUUUACUAGAUAUAUAAAAUACCCUAUGUUCUAUUUACUUAUAGAACAAUGAAAAUGCUGCGCCAUAAAGUCUUUACUACUGGAAAAAACGACACCGAACGGGUCACAGAUUGACAAAACACAUCAUAACGUAACCUCCUAUUCGCAAGUCAGAUAUUGAUGGUUUACUGACACACUAACGAUAUGCGAGUAAAAUGUUAUUUAGUGUCGUAGGGAAUCAUCGGGCAAAAAUGUUAAUUUUUUGGUCAAUACGCAGUUUUUAUACCAAUCUUUAUGAAACUUUGACAUUCGAAUAACUACUAGGGUACAUAAUGAAAAGUCCUGGCUGAGAAUUAUUACGCAAGCGUUAAUUAAAUGCCUAAUGAAACUGUGCCUUAUCUCGAGCAAAACGCUAAGGCCGCAUCUGCAUUGACGGUUAAACUCUAAUUUUUUUAUAACAACAUCCUAUUAAGCCAAGUUCCAAGACGACCGAAACGCAAAUGUAUUUGUUUAUCUAUCAAUAUGGAUUCAGCCUUAUAUGACUACUAAAUUAAAGCUUUAAAGGUUCAAAUAAUUAAUUAAA